GCGGUGGCGGAGGAGGAGGAGGAGGAGGAGGAGGAGAGAAAGAGAGGCGGCGGUGGCGGUGGCGAGAGAGGAGGGGAGGACGGGGGCGGCGUCGGACUGGAGCCGAUCGGCGGUGCGAGCUGCCCGGGGCGCAGUCGUGAGCUCGCCCGCCGGGCCCCCACCCCCUAGCUACACCCUGCCGUGCCCAGCUCUGCCCGCGUCCGUGCCCCCGCGGGGAGCGCGCCGGGGCUGCCCCCCGAAUGACGGGCGGAAGGUUCGACUUCGACGAUGGCGGGACCUACUGCGGCGGCUGGGAGGAGGGCAAGGCGCACGGGCAUGGCAUCUGCACGGGGCCCAAGGGCCAGGGAGAGUACUCCGGUUCCUGGUCGCACGGCUUCGAGGUGGUCGGAGGCUACACCUGGCCCAGCGGCAACACCUACCAGGGCUACUGGGCGCAGGGCAAGCGGCACGGGCUGGGGGUGGAGACGAAGGGCAAGUGGAUGUACCGGGGGGAGUGGUCACAUGGUUUCAAGGGGCGCUACGGGGUCCGGCAGAGCCUGUGCACCCCCGCCCGCUACGAGGGUACCUGGAGUAACGGGCUGCAGGACGGCUACGGCGUGGAGACCUACGGGGACGGAGGUACCUACCAGGGCCAGUGGGCCGGAGGCAUGCGGCAUGGUUACGGCGUGCGCCAGAGCGUGCCCUACGGCAUGGCCACGGUGAUCCGCUCCCCGCUGCGCACCUCCCUGGCCUCGCUGCGCAGCGAGCAGAGCAAUGGCAGCGUGCUGCACGACGCUGCCGCCGCAGCUGCAGAAAACCCAGCCGGCACCAGGGGCGGCUUCGUGCUCAACUUCCACGCGGACACGGAGCUGGGCAAGAAGAAGGGGGGCCUCUUCCGGAGGGGCUCGCUGCUCGGCAGCAUGAAACUCCGCAAGUCCGAAUCCAAGUCUUCCAUCUCCAGCAAGCGCAGCUCCGUCCGCAGCGACGCGGCCAUGAGCAGAAUCAGUUCCAGUGACGCCAACUCCACCAUCAGCUUCGGGGACGUCGACUGUGAUUUCUGCCCCGUGGAAGAUCACGUGGACGCCACCACCACAGAAACCUACAUGGGUGAAUGGAAGAACGACAAGCGCAACGGCUUCGGCAUCAGCGAGCGCUCCAACGGCAUGAAGUACGAGGGCGAGUGGGCCAACAACAAGAGGCACGGUUACGGCUGCACCGUGUUCCCUGACGGCUCCAAGGAAGAGGGGAAAUACAAAAAUAACAUCCUGGUCCGCGGAAUAAGGAAGCAGCUUAUACCAAUAAGAAAUACAAAAACUAGGGAGAAGGUGGAUAGAGCGAUUGAAGGCGCGCAGCGGGCAGCCGCCAUGGCCAGAACCAAAGUGGAAAUAGCCAACUCAAGGACUGCACAUGCCAGAGCGAAAGCUGAUGCUGCUGACCAGGCUGCACUGGCUGCCCGCCAGGAGUGCGACAUAGCGAGAGCUGUGGCCAGAGAGCUGUCGCCGGAUUUCUACCAGCCAGGUCCUGAUUAUAUCAAACAAAGAUUUCAGGAGGGGGCAGACGUUAAAGAAAACCCAGAAGAAAAGGCACCAGAAAAACCUCCAUCACCAAAGGAAUCUCCUCAUUUUUAUCGCAAAGGCACGACGCCCCCCAGAUCUCCUGAGGCAAGUCCCAAACAGAGCCACUCUCCCCAACCUUCCUCCCCAAAGCCCACGAAGAAACAAAACCCGGGCUCAGGGGUAAGACUCAGUCAAGAUAGAAGGAGUAUGGCUGAGGAGCAGGUGACAGCCAUUGUCAGUAAGCCCUUGAUGUCAAAGGCUCCUUCAAAGGAACUCGGAGCAACCGUGUCCAAGUACUCUGGUCGCCAUCACGUCCCCAACCCGAGCAACGGGGAGCUGCACUCUCAGUACCACGGUUACUAUGUGAAACUGAACACGCCUCAGCAUCCUCCAGAAGACGGGGAGGAUGACGGUGGAGCCAGCCAGUCUUCCUCAGCAUUGGUACACAGGCCAUCACCUAACAAGUGGAGUCCCCCGAAAUCUGUGACAAAACCAGCUGCCAAAGAAAGCAAAACUGAGCCAAAAGCAAAGAAGUCCGAACUUGCUAUACCAAAGAACCCAGCAAGCAAUGAUUCCUGCCCUUCUUUGGAAAAAGAAGCCAAUUCAGGCCCUAAUUCCGUCAUGAUUGUCCUGGUCAUGCUGUUGAACAUUGGGUUGGCCAUUCUUUUUGUUCAUUUUCUGACUUGAUUGGAAUUAGGAAAGGUAAGCAUAGCCUAAAUGUCUCUAGAAAAAUUACAGUAACAUUGUUUUGUUUUGUUUUUUUCAAAUUCCCAUUUAUAAUUUCUUAAAUGAUGACGUUGUCCUUGGCUUAAAUUUUGAAUGUGAUUUGGCGUGGUUACUUAAUGCUGUAACUGUUUUGACCCCUCAGUGAAGUCAUGACAACUAGUGGAAUUAGCCCACAGUUCUGCCAUGGUAUCCUCAGCCCUCUAAACGGCACACCCCAGUCAGACUCAGACACGGGCGAGGAGGCUUGGAAUUGGGAUAGGAUCACGAGAGAGAUGAAACUUGGAAAAUUCAGCCAGAGGACCUCUCAGGUCCCCCAGGAAUGCUUUGUGUCUUUGGGGUCCUCUGAGAGCUGAAGCACACAGCCGUGUUGGAGAGCAAAGCUUAAUAACGAUUCUUUUUUCAAAUCUGCUGAAGCAGCCCCAUCCGGCGAAGCUCUUGGCAUUGGCUACUCCAUCUGUCCUAGCAGAGUGUGACUAAACUGGAAAUGUAUGGACCUGCAAUUUUUUUUUUUUUUUUGAUGGAAGUCAACAGCUGCCUUACUAUUUUACCAUCUGACGUUUUUAGUAGGGAGCUGGGGAGAGCAGACUGCCAGAGGAAUGCAGUCUGAGGAUUGCGUUGCAGUGGUUCCAACAUUCACUCCUAUCUCAUUAGAAAAAGUAGGUAGCAGCAUCACUCAGCAGGCUUCUGCCGUGACCUGCUGCUUUACCAUCUCCUGGAAUGUUCUGGGAGGGAACGUUUCAUUUGCUUGUGCACGACUCUGCUCACUUUUGCUGUUUAUUUAAAUGUGAUGUAUAGUCAUCUUCCACCUGCAGUCCUGGCUGGAUGAAAACACACAGGUUGCAUCUCAAGGAAAAGCAACAACAAAAGACUAGUUUUAAAAAAAAAAGUGUUUAUUUUAAUAGCAAUACAUCAUUUUCCUGUCGUUUAUUCUUUCUAAACCAAUAAGAGGUUAUUUAUCUUUAAAAUAUAGUGAGCUGAAGGUAUUAUACCUUCCAAAGAAAUAAUUUAAUUUUAAAUAUUUUUUAACAUCACUGGGGUGAAUUGUUGAUGCCCUCAGGAGGAACUAAAUUUGCAGAAUACUAAAAAAGUGUAGUCAAAAUGUUGCAUGGAUUGCAGUAAGCACUAGCUAAGGGUUCGGUUUCAUUGCUGACGUACAUUACAACCAAAUAAAAUCUUGUCAGUGGCUAUGUUAAUUCCCGUGAAAGUUAAGCAAGAUGCUAUUAAUAGCUACUCUUCUCUUUCUCCCCCUUCCCCUCCCCAACUCAAAUUCUGGCUGAAUGCAUUCAGGUAGCCAGUAAAGCUUUGUUAGGUCACUCACUGCUCCUUGACCCUCUGCCUUCAGUGUUGUUUUCUAGUUUUAUUUUAAAUUUUAAAUAUUUAGACGGUUUCAUUUGAAAUAUUUGUCUUUUGCUGUCCCGUAUUGUUUUGACGUUGAUUUUUUUUCUGUUAUAUAAUUUACUCAGAAGCAUGCUUACCUAGAGAAACUACAUGAUCUUUAUAAAAAAUAAUAAUUAUUUAAGAAGAAGAAAUCAGGGUAGAAGAAGAAGAAAUCUGAGUCUCUUCCAGCCAUUACUUUGUGGAGGGGAACUCUUCCUAGGCGUUAGCCACAGUGUCAUGGUGUCAGCCGAGUCUCUCACUCUGGCAGGAGACACAGUGUGUGCGCCUCCCAUGUUAGCACAGGCAUGGGCGGCGUGUUCUGUCACCCACAGGGUAGCUAACCCAGUGGUGGUUUUUUUUUUUUUUUUUGCAGAAGUGCAAUAUAUUGAGAGCCCUGGGUGUGACCAAUAUGGAUUAAAGAAGGCAGAAAGAGAGCAAGUGAAAAUAAAAUUACAACUUGUAUAUUUAUUUUUUACAUUUUGCUUUGGUUUUUAAAUUUAGGAAGUCCAUUUUUACUCCAGAACAAACUAAGACCCCCUUUCCGUCCUCACAUGCUCCCUGCCCCUUCCUACCCCUAGAGCUCCUUAGGCUGGAAAGGCUGAUUGUUUUUUUUUUUUUU